AUGACGAUGGCGAUGAUGUUCCUGGGGGCGGUUGACAGCAAAGGCUUGGAAGUGAUGUGGCAGCUAAAGGCGCUCAUCCGUCUGCCCCUUCCUGCAGUCUUAUGUGGUCUUUUCCUGACAUUGCAGGGCUGUGAGGAGCUGCAGCAUGUCAAGAAGGAAGCAGAGGCGGUGUUUGAUGGAACCAACGAAACCAAGAGACGCUUCAAGAGUUCCGGGAGGCCUGGGAAUCAGACUGACCGCGAAGGCCCCACGUAUGCUCCCGUGGCCAAACGAUCCAGGAGCGUGCAAGAGUCCUCCAUCCCACUCUCCGCCGUCUCUUGGUCGGGAGGUCAGCGACUGCUGAUGGCAGUUUCACCCGUCUCCUCAAGCGGUGAGCUGCUGCCGGCACAGAAACUGGUCGUCGACACGGGCUCAUCGACGCUUGCGUUUUGUCAAAGCAGCUUUCUUCAAGAGGCUGCUUUUGAGUCCACGGACUACAUCUCUUGCAAUCAGUACAAUCCAGGUGGUGAUCCGACGGGGUACUGGGGCCCCUUCGUCCAGGGAGACGUCCUGGCUGGCAACAUGACUUUCCAGAAGGCCUCGUACAGCAUUAUGGCUUUUGAGGAGAAUAUGCCGUGUAAAGACGGCAUUCAAGGAAUCUUCGGCAUUGCUUUCCGCCAGUUGGAUGUGGCCUAUCCUGCGGGUACGACGCUGCCCAACUGGGACACCGGCAAGGCUUCGUGCCCAGACGCAGCGGGUGUGGUGCCACCUCCGAUGAUCCAGCAGCUUCGAUCGGAAGGUGGGGUGGAGAAGCUUGGUAUCUUCUGGUCCGGGCAGGUGGGAGAGAACCAGGGCCGACUGUACCUUGAUGCGGCGGCUGUGACGAACGAGCACUACAACAAGUCGUCAGUUCUGGGUCCGGCCGUGUUGGGAGAGGUCGGAUGGUACGACGUCACGGUGCAGAAGAUCCAGUUGGGCGGCCGGGAGUUCGCCAACUUCGAUUGCGAUCCGAACACGCCUGGUAAGCAGUGUAUCAUGGACACAGGAACCCCUGCUCUGGUGCUUCCGCCGGAGGUCUUCGAGGCUGCUGCCGAGCUGAUCAACUUCGGAGAGCCUGCGAGCCUGACCUUCUUCUUGCCUGGCGCCUCCGGGGAGCAGGAGGUUCCGGUGAGCUUUGACCUGAUCGCCCUGAACAACAUGGCGGCCCUGUCAAAAGGUGGGGCUGGGACCAACAUCAUCCUUGGGCUGCCUCUCUGGGCCUUCUACUACACCGUCUUCGACAUCACCGAUCAGUCCGUCUCCCUCUUCCCAAAGAAGAAGCUGCAGAGUCAGCCCAGCAUCCCAGCCCAGAGCCCCAUGGAGCCCCAGACCCCUCAGAGCCCCCAGAGCCCCCAGGUGAUACCCUGGCCCUUCGGGCCCUUUACGGGCCCUUCUCCCUGGACCCCUAUCCCGGGGCACCAGCCGGGAAGCUGGCCUGCACCGGUGGGAGGCUCUUGGCCUCAGCCUUCCGAUCCUUGGACCCCUUUCGGCGGCUUCGAAGAGGAGAGAAAGCCGGCGAAGCAGGGAGAGGGGCGGAGGAUGGGAGAGCUUCCAGUGCACAUCUGA